CGCCAACAGGAGGUUUCAUCGCCAUUGUGAGGACAAAAAGAGGAGGGGCGGGGGUCCUGUGGGGGAGUCAAGCACCGAGUGUUGAGGUGAGGCAGAGCUCAUCAUUCCGUAGGCUCGUUAAGCUGCACAGCUCCUCGGAUUCUACUGAGACCAACCCCCUCUGUGAGAGCUCCGUCAGACGCUCCUGUGCUGGACCGCAGUGUCUCUGUGCUGCUUCAGCCUCUGUGACGCGGAUGCAACAAGACCCUGCACCCAAAACUUUAUCAUUUGAGGUUUGGAAUAAAGUGCCAACAGUAUGCCUAAACAAGUGGAGGUGAGGAUGCACGAGAGUCACCUGGAGCCCAUCGAGGCUCGGCCUCAGUCCAAAUGUGCCAGACUGUGUUCCAAGUUGUUCAAGAACCUUCUGCUCACUCUCACCGUCCUUGGUGUGAUCUUGGGAGCUGUGUCAGGGAUGUUGCUUCGUGUUGCCUCCCCAAUUCACCCGGACAUCGUCAUGGUGAUCGCCUUUCCUGGAGAUAUCCUCAUGAGGAUGUUGAAGAUGUUGAUUCUGCCUCUUAUCAUCUCCAGUUUAAUCACAGGUCUAGCAGGUUUGGAUGCAAAAUCCAGUGGGCGUCUGGGCACCAGGGCGAUGGUCUACUACAUGUCCACCACUAUAAUUGCCGCCAUCUUGGGAGUCAUCCUGGUGUUGGUCAUCCACCCUGGCAAUCCCAAACUGAAGGAGAACCUGGGAGAGGGCGAGAAAAACGACGAUGUGUCCAGCUUGGAUGCCUUCUUUGAUUUGAUCAGGAACCUGUUCCCCGAGAAUCUGGUGCAGGCUUGCUUUCAACAGAUCCAAACGGUGACAAAGAAGGUGGAAGUGGUUGUUGAGGAGAAUGUCAACGCCACCUCCGUGGAGGGCUUGUUGGCAAAUAUUACCAAGGAGCCUCAGUUCGUUGUCAAAAAGUCCCUGCAGUUCAAGAGUGGCAUGAAUGUUCUGGGUUUGAUUGGUUUCUUUAUUGCUUUUGGCAUCUGUAUGGGCAAGAUGGGCGAGAGGGCCAGACUGAUGAUUGAGUUUUUCAACAUCCUCAAUGAGAUCGUGAUGAAACUUGUCAUCCUGAUCAUGUGGUAUUCCCCCUUUGGUAUUGCCUGUCUGAUCUGUGGUAAAAUCAUCUCCAUCAAAGACUUGGAGGUGGUGGGCAGACAACUGGGCAUGUACAUGAUCACUGUGAUCGUUGGCCUCAUCAUCCAUGGAGUUAUCUUCCUGCCCAGCAUCUAUUUCGCCAUUGUCAGGAAGAACCCUUUCAAAUUCUUCUUGGGUAUCUUCCAGGCCUGGAUCACUGCCCUGGGAACUGCCUCCAGUGCCGGCACGCUGCCUGUGACUUUCCGCUGUCUGGAGGAGAAUUUGGGAAUUGACAAAAGAGUCACUCGUUUCGUGCUUCCGGUCGGUGCCACCAUCAACAUGGACGGAACUGCUCUGUACGAGGCCGUUGCUGCCAUCUUUAUUGCCCAGAUGAAUGGUAUCCACCUGGACCCUGGUCAGAUUAUCACUGUCAGUCUCACAGCUACACUCGCCAGUGUUGGAGCUGCCAGUAUUCCCAGUGCCGGACUGGUGACCAUGCUGUUGAUCCUGACUGCUGUGGGGCUGCCAACCCAGGACAUCAGUCUGCUGGUUGCUGUUGACUGGCUGCUGGACCGGUUCAGGACCUCUGUGAAUGUGGUUGGAGACUCGUACGGUGCAGGCAUCGUGUACCACAUGUCCAAGGCGGAGCUUGACGAGCUGGACGCGCAGGCGGCUAAAUCGGACGACAUCGAAAUGAUGACGAAGACCCCGUCUUAUUACGACGACAUGAAGAACCACCACGAAAACAAUUCCAACCAGUGCGUCUUAACGCCUACCGCAAAUGCUAACCCUUCUGUUGUAGUAGAUGAAUGCAAGGUAACCUCGGCCACAAACGGCUCUGCAGCGGAGUGCACGCUUGUUGAGGAGGAACCAUGGAAACAUGAAUAAUGGCAGCAAAGUGAUCCCCCUGCCCCUGGGCUCCUCAAGCUUUCCUAUAUGGCGAAAAAUAGGAGUGAAUGGAAAAAAAAACAAAAAAAAAAACGUCACGUGAACAGACCUACUAAUUGUUUAUUAUGUAGUCUAGUUUUCAUUUUUAUUAGUCCCUUUAAGAUGUUUUUGUAACUGUUUCUCUGACUGAUAUAUCUACAGUAUACCACUAAUUCACUUAACCGUGAAAUGAUAACAGCACAAUUAUGUCCUUAAUAGCAGACUCUUGCACAACACACUUCAAGACUGAGGGAGGGAAGGAAAAGAACAAAACAAACCUUACUACACACUACUGCUAGCAAUAGAUUCCACUUCUGCUUUUCUACUAAGCACAAACCUCAAAGCGUCUCAGAGGAAUGGGGAUUUAAUGGAGGUUGUCAUGGCGACCGCUUCCUUCCUUUUCUUCCUUUCUUUGUAGUACCAUCACAAGCACACCUGCCAACAUCCGCGCUUCAUUCUCGGCAUGCACCUGGCUACAUUUCACCUAAUAUUACCCAGAAUUCCUGGGGAAGCCACAAAUUGAGUCAUGCCGAGCCUCACAUGAGAAUAUUCACGAUGGAACAUUUAAGCACAAUGUGUUCUUGUUUCGUUUACUUUACCCUCGAAAAAGGGAAAAUUUUCUCCUGUGUUCGACCUCUGUGUGUGUCGGUGUGUGAACGUGUGAGUGUGAGUGUGUGUUCGGAGAGUCGGUAACACGAACAAGUGAGUUACUGGGACCAAACAGGCAGGUAAAAUAAAGUCUCCAACCUGCCACAUUUACACAAAUACAAUCAGUUUUUUUCUGCAAAGUCUCAAUAUUUACAAGAAAGCUUGUCACUGCCCACAAUGAUGCAACGUCAAGAGAAAUGACACUAAUCAAACCGACAGGUGUGAUUCCAUUAUGGCACAAUUGACUUGGCACAAAAAUGUGAUGCACUUAUUUGCGCAGGGCCCCCACAAUUCAAGAGGGCCCUGCUUUUCAUGAAAAAGGCCUAUCUAAAGUAGCAAUCAGUAUAAGACGGGGCGCUUCAUAUGAAAUGUUACUGGAAACAUAUUCUUUAGCCUCUUCCUGCUCUGUCAUUGAAAAUAAUAUGGUGUCAAAUUUAAUCAGUUGUCUUCUGUGGCGCAUAGUUUUAGUCAGGGUUGUGCAACUUUAUGAUAAAUGUGUUGGUUGUGCUAACCAUUUGUUUGCCAUGAAUUUGUACACAAAUGAAAUUCCAGUUAUAAAAAUCAAAAAAGAAUAAAAAUGGUUUGACAUCAAUGAAAACGUGUGAACAAAAUACAAUUAAUGUAUCCUUUGGGCCCCAGUUUAGCCUGUCAAGAAUAGUUACUGGUAUCUGAUGCAGGCCUUUAUGUUUACUCCUUGGCAAGGAACUAAUGUUCACAACAGACCUAACUUGUACAUCCUCAGCACAACACUACGAAUAUUUGAUGAAAAAAAAAAUAUAUGACUUUUGGUACGCACCAGCACAAAAAAAGAGCAAAUGUUUACAACAUCCAGGGAUUGUGGACUUAUGUGCAUCAGCUAAAGGUUACUACUUUAAGUUCUGAUGGGACUCAGAUUGGAGUAUAAAGUUAGCACCAUUUGGCUGCCGGCUGGUAUUUUUAACAAGCACAAACACAGACGGAUUACGGAUAUUUAUACUCAUUUUUUGGAAGAGUCUCGUUUCGCCACGUGUACAAAAGCAAACAUUGCCUAUUUUCAGCCGCCAGAGCUCAAGACUGUUUCUACAAACCCUAGAUGCUGCAGCUGUGCGCCCAUAUCCAAGGAUCUACUCAUAGCACAGGGAACACAUUCUCUUGACAAUAACAAUAAAAUAAAUAAUAAUAAUAAUAGUAAAACACACUCCUUUAGUACAAACUACGACACAAAUGGACCAGUCCGAAUGAGUGAUUCCUGUGUCUUCGUAUCCUUGUCUCUUCACUUGUGUUUGACGACGACUUGGCCUUGACGAUGUUUGCGCGGGCGAGAAUGGAACAUAAACGUGGAGUGCAGCUCUCAAAGCGCGCACUCGGUCUUCGUAACUAAGUGACACGCGCGCGGUCAUUUAUCGAAGGUUGCCGAAGAGCACGGUCCUGGCCAUCAGGACCAUGGACAGCAUCAUGAUGAGAGUUCCAACUCACUAUUUUUAAAAAGCAUGAGUAAAAUGAAACAAAACUUUUUUUUUUUUUUUUUUUGCACCACUAUCUUAAAAAAAAGCAUGAUAUUUGAAGUGCCUCCUUGCACUUUUGUGUAUAUAUUGUAGUCAACAGUAUUUUGUUGUUAUUUGAUUUCAUCUCUUUGUCCCUUCUGGGGAUUGUUGAAAUGGUAUAUAGACUAUAGUUACAUUUUAAAUGUAAUCCUCUAGGAAAAAAAUGUAUCAUCUACUGUAUGUCCCAAGUAGAAUUAGCUUAGACAAACUGCAGGAAAUUGUGUAUUAAAUUGCCUGUUUGCUCUUUUUUUUUUUUGUAUUCUCUAAUAAUGGUUAACUAGCUGCUUUACUUCUCUUGUCACUCAACAAUAUACAGUAUAAAUAUCUUCUUUUUUUUUUUUGUAUCUAAUGUAAGCCUUUUGAAUGUUUGUUCAAUGAUGAUCCGCAGUGUGCAUUCAUAUCAUUGUAUAUACAUAAAUAUAUAAAUGUUCUGUUCCGUGGCAAUAUAAAAUAGCCUAAAGCACAACAAACAUUUGCAUGGGGAGGGUUGGGGGGGGGGGGGGGGGGGCAUUAAGAUGAUUGGGAACGAGAGACAGAGAGAGAAGGAAGAAGCCUUCCUGGUUUGUUGAACGUGACUUAUGGGAAAUGAGAGAAAGGUUUUUGAGAAGAAGGUACAAAUUUGCCCUGUAUGUAGGCUAGAGGGAAGGAACACAUGUCAUAUUUACAAAUACCACUUUUUAGUGUUGGGGAACGUACCUCAGGUGAAUCAUAAUGUCUGUCCCCCGAUGAAGAUUUGCCUUCGCUCAUAUACGGCAUCCUCCUGAGCGCCCGUGUCCUCUGCAUUGGACAUUUCCUAUUUUGCAUAGGCUGUUUUUUUUUUUCAGAAUUGUGUAACUAUGACAACAAGAAUAUAGCGAGGGGGGGGGGGGGGGGAUGUCCACAGUAGUGGACGCUGGCGCUCAAGAUGAUAUAUGCACCAUAACUUCCUGAGGGCAAGCGUCCGCUGCAGUGGACUUUCGAAUUUCGCAUAACAGACCUAUUUGUCAGAAAUCAUAAUAUCAGAAUCGGAAGUACUUUAUUAAUCCCCAAGGGGAAAUUGAAAAUAUUCUGCAGUGGACAUUUGUGUUUGCAUUGUGUAACCUUGAUGAAAGAAAUGUAGUAAAACAAAUGUCUACCGUAGAGGACGCUAGUUCUCAGGAGGAUACAAGUAUUUGACCUGGUGCUUGGAUAGUAGCGUUAUCUCCAGACUGCUCUUAUCCGCGUUAUGGCCACAAAUGCAACAUACAGUAUAGAUCCGGUAUAUGAGAUACAGUGUACUCACAGUAUAUAACAUACAGUAUAAAGGUAGUGUAUAAUGUAACAUACUGUACACAUACAGUAUAGACUCUGUCAUGCCUUUCAACAUACAACAUAUCCUGUAGUUUCCUGCCUUUACCCGCUUGCCUUUUUCCACAUUCUACGCAAUGCACAAUAUGCACAGAAACCCACCUGAUAUACGGAAACAAUAUUUGCAACAAGAGCCAGUAACUUUUGUCCUUUUCUAUUGAAACGUGUCUUUUUAUUUUUGAAAGCGACCCCCUGAUAAUAACCCACCUGUCGAGAAAAACUUGCCUUCCUGAUCUUACUUUUCGAGGCCUUCCCUUCCUAGUGAAGCUUUUAUCUCGCUCUGAUUUCGAUGUAAAGGCAGCAAGUACAGAGAAAAAUAUAUAAGAAAAUAAAAACACACAACUUCUUUCCUCGAUGUUGAAAAGAAUCUGUUUCUACAUAUCUAAAUGUGCUGUACCUUUGGUGUACAUAUACAAAUAUCACUAAUAAAUGUUGAUUCAUAACUAA